ACAGAUUGCUGGGCCCCAUCCCUAGAGUUUCUGCUUCCUUAGAUCUGGGGUAGGGCCUGAGAAUUUGCAUUUCUAAGUUCCCAGGUGAUGCUGAGGCUGCUAGUCCUGGAACCACACUUUGAGACCACUCAACUAGCUACUCAUGCACAAGGUAUGUGCACAGUUGACUUCUCUCCCACAAGGAAAGGCGUAAAGAUCACAAGGAAACACAUCAACUAGAACGUUUCAUGUGGGAUGAAUUCUAUGAAGAAAAUGAAGAGGGGGAAGGGUUAUGCAUCAGGGAGAAGUGCUUGAGAGUAGCAUUUGGAGUACAUAUAAGGGUUCCUUUUUGAGCAGUUAAAGUUUACAAGGGCAGAUAAAUAGACACACAAGUUGAACUGUCUUGGAUCAGGGGAGGGUCACCUACGGAGGCAGCGUGGAGAGGAAAGAGGUGUCUGGUAUCCCGGAGUGCGCAGAGGUGCAAGGAAAAGCAAAAGUGCCUGAGAAAGAGCCCCGUUCGAGGUUAUACGGGGAAUCCGAAAGAAACCGAGAGAGGAGAGAGUUUGGGAAGGAGGCAUGAUCAAGAGCCAUCGAUCCUGGGAGGUUAGAGGUGCCGCCUUAGGUGCGGUGACAGGAGGUCCCGAGGACCUCAACUAGCCAUCUCCCGAGCCAGACCGACAAGCACUGGAGCGAGAGGAGGGCAGGGAACCUGAGGCGGGGCGACCAGAGGCGGCUCCUUGGGAGUUUUGCUGCCUAGGAAUCAGAGAAAUGAGCACUCCCUCUUGAGGAUGGGGGAAAGGAAGGCUGUUUAAAAGGCAGGAGCUACUGGGGGUCUACGGGAGGGAUCACGGAGGGAAAAGGAAAAGAAACAACGGGAGAGAGAGGUCUGAGUCGUGAGAUGGGUAGAGGUGGCGGGGUCUGGGUAUUUGGAGAGCUGAAAAGCUCACCUGCUCUGGAAACAUCACUCAUCUGAACUUCACAACCACUCCAAAAGGAAAGCACUAUUUUCUCCAUUUUAUAGAUUAGGAAACUGAGGCUCAAAGAGGUGAAGGGACACGCCCACGGUCCCACAUCUCACAGAACAGGACCUUCCUCCGUGUGUCGACCCUGCGCUCCGCGUUUUGGCCCCGAGGCUCCUGGGGACUCCGAACAAGACCCUUUUUUGUGUCCUGGCAGGGAUGCCCUUUGGAGAGCCGCCCAAUGGCGAAGAGGCCCCGCAGAGAGAGGGCCGGGCAGGGCGGGGUGCCCCCUCCACCCUAGCUCCGCCCCCGGCAGCGCGGGAGGGGGCGUGGGGCGGGGGGCGCGCCGCGCGGGCUUCGCUGGCGGCUGCACAGAGCUCACAGUGCGGCCCGCGCUUCCCAGCGUCCGCAAUCGGCCGUCCGUGCCCACCGUGCCCAUCCCGCCAUGGCCGCGGCCGCCCUCCUAACCCGGUCCCGGCCACUGCCCCUGCUCCUGCUGCCGCCGCUGCUGCUGCUGUUGCUGCUGCUGCUGCGCGCCGGCCGGGUGCGCGCUGACAGUAAGGUGUUUGGUGACAUGGACCAGGUGCGAAUGACCUCAGAGGGCUCUGACUGCCGCUGCAAGUGCAUCAUGCGGCCGCUGAGCAAGGACGCGUGCAGCCGGGUGCGCAGCGGGCGGGCACGGGUGGAGGACUUCUACACUGUGGAGACCGUGAGCUCAGGGACCGACUGCCGCUGCUCUUGCACGGCGCCACCCUCCUCACUCAACCCCUGCGAGAACGAGUGGAAGAUGGAGAAGCUCAAGAAGCAGGCACCGGAGCUCCUCAAGCUACAGUCCAUGGUGGAUCUCCUGGAGGGCACCUUGUACAGCAUGGACCUGAUGAAAGUGCACGCCUAUGUCCACAAGGUGGCCUCCCAGAUGAACACGCUGGAAGAGAGCGUCAAGGUGAACCUGAGCCGGGAGAACGAGGUGGUGAAGGAGGGCAUGCGCCAUCUCAGUGAGCAGCUGAAGCGCUAUGAGAAUCACUCGGCCAUCAUGAUGGGCAUCAAGAAGGAGCUCUCCAGCCUGGGCCUCCAGCUGCUGCAGAAGGACGCCGCCACGGUCCCAGAUGCUGCCCCAGCCCCCGGCCCUGCUAGCAAGGCUCAGGACACAGCUGGAGGGAAAGGCAAAGACAACAACAAAUACAGCAACAUGCAGAAGAGCUUUGUAGACAGGGGCCUCCCAAAACCUCCUAAGGAGAAGCUGCUGAAGGUGGAGAAGCUGAGGAAGGAGGGUGGCAAGGGCAGAUUCCCCCAGCCCACAGCCAAGCCCCGGACCCUGGCCCAGCAGCAGGCUGUGAUCCGAGGCAUCACCUACUACAAGGCGGGCAGGAAGGAGGUGGCCGAAGCUGUGGCUGACAACGCCCUCAAGGGCACUUCCUGGCUGGAACAGCUGCCGCCCAGGGCCGAGGGCAGAUCACCAGAGCCCAACUCAGCAGAACAAGACGAGGCUGGGCCCAGGGCCUCAGAGGGAGCGGAUUUGGCCUCCGGCACCCCCGGCUCGGACCCCACCGUCACCUCCACCCUGACUCCCACCACCCGUCCCCUGCCCACCGAGCCACCUUCACGCCCAGACGUCCCCAACGCAGGCAGAGAGAUAAGCUGUGAGGGCACCCUCCGGGCUGUGGACCCCCCCGUGAGGCACCACAGCUACGGGCGCCAUGAGGGAGCCUGGAUGAAGGACCCCGCCGCGAAAGAUGACAGGAUCUAUGUCACCAACUACUACUACGGGAACAGCCUGGCAGAGUUCCGCAACCUGGAAAACUUCAAGCAAGGCCGCUGGAGUAACAUGUACAAGCUGCCCUACAACUGGAUCGGCACGGGCCACGUGGUGUACCAGGGCGCCUUCUACUACAACCGCGCCUUCACCAAGAACAUCAUCAAGUACGACCUGAGGCAGCGCUUCGUGGCCUCCUGGGCGCUGCUGCCAGACGUGGUGUACGAGGACACCACGCCCUGGAAGUGGCGCGGCCACUCGGACAUCGACUUCGCCGUGGACGAGAGCGGCCUGUGGGUCAUCUACCCCGCGGCGGAUGACCGCGACGAGGCCCAGCCCGAGGUGAUCGUGCUGAGCCGCCUGGACCCCGGCGACCUCUCCAUGCACCGCGAGACCACGUGGAAGACGCGGCUGCGGCGGAACUCCUACGGGAACUGCUUCCUGGUGUGCGGCAUCCUGUACGCCGUGGACACGUACGACCAGCAGGAGGGCCAGGUGGCCUACGCCUUCGACACGCACACGGGCACCGACGCGCGCCCGCAGCUGCCCUUCCUCAACAAGCACGCCUACACCACCCAGAUCGACUAUAACCCCAAGGAGCGGGUGCUGUAUGCCUGGGACAAUGGCCACCAGCUCACCUACACCCUCCACUUUGUGGUCUGAGCAUGGACCUGUGCUCACAGGAGAGGAGGGGCAGUGGGCAUGGGGGCUCCCCACAGCAACUCCUGCAAGGGGCUCCAUCAGCAAAUAUUUUGGGGGGGGGCAGGUCCCGGGGCAGGUGCUGGGCAUGUGGCACAGCCAGGUCAAAGCUCCCUUGGCCCCAGUGGGUUAGUAAUCCCUUCCACUCACAGAGCACCCUGCCAAGAUCUUCGUGUGCACUCAAUCCCACUCAGUCCUCCCACUGGCACCCUUGGAGGUAGAGAUGAUUCAGCCCAUUUAACAGAUGAGGACACUGAGGCUCAGAGAGACCGUUCCCUUGCCUAAAUAGCCUCACUUUGGAUCAGGCAGGCCAUGCUUUACAGAUGAGGAGACCUGACCACACUCCCCUACACCUCCAGGCCUCUCCCUACUCCUAUAGUUUCUCUUGCUCUCUCAACUCUGUCUCCCUUCCUGAGGCCGCUCUAAACCAGAGGCCUCUGGGACCCAUGCACUAGUGUUGGUUGGAGGCUCCGCUCCGUGUACCACCCCCGGCGCCCGUUCUGGCCGAACUGUUGGUGGCCCUGGGCUUCAGGCCCCUUGGCCAAUGUUCCUGCUCCUUGCCUCUAGCCCCCCCCCUCCCCCGCCCCUGCCACCCCUCCUCACCGUUCUGUCCAACCACAUUCCAAACCUCCAUGGUCACCCAGCCACUGAGCAGAAACCACACCCCGAGGAAAAAUACCAGCCCCUGUUCCAAGCUCCCCCUCCCUCUGUACUCAUUUCUAUUUUCUCUUAUUCCGCCUCAGUGCCGUCAUCUGUUUCCGCAGCAGCAGCUGAGAAGGCUGCAGGCAGCUGUCUGCCAGCCCCGACUCUACCAGGGUGGGCAGCUGGGCCAGGCCCUGAGGCUCCCUCUCCACCCAGAACGGCUGGCUUUGGCCACACACCACAGGCCAUGGGACCUCUCCUCGGCCCUUCCCAAGGCCUUUGGACCUGCGGUCCGUGUUGUCGUUUCUCUCUGGACCUUUGAACCCACAACCUGUAUGCACUCAGGGAUACCUCCAGGACUGCCAUGAGCAAGACCCUAGACCCGAGGCUGGGGUGGUGCCGGGAUGAAACAGAUUCCCUCUUCCUUGUCACUCCUGACCUGAUCAUUUAGUGGAAUGGCCCAGCAGCAGGGGUGGGGG